UUGGAUGCAGGCGCCUCGGGGAGGGGAAGCUGCUGCUGCUGCUGCACGGUUCCAGCUGACACAUCUCGAGCCCGGCUGUGGCUGAGGAGAAAGAGGGGGGCAUGGCGGAGACCGGCUCGGUGCAUGAGACCAGGUUUGAGGCGGCCGUGAAGGUGAUUCAGAGCUUGCCCAAAAAUGGUUCAUUCCAGCCAACGAAUGAAAUGAUGCUCAAGUUCUAUAGCUUUUAUAAGCAAGCAACCCAAGGACCCUGUAACAGUCCAAGACCUGGAUUCUGGGAUCCUAUUGGUAGAUAUAAAUGGGAUGCUUGGAGUGCUUUGGGGGAUAUGCCCAAAGAAGAAGCCAUGAUAGCAUAUGUUGAAGAAAUGAAAAAGAUUCUUGAGAGUAUGCCAAUGACGGAGAAAGUUGAAGAAUUACUACAAGUGAUAGGCCCAUUCUAUGAAAUAGUAGAGGAUAAAAAGAACAGAGGAUCUGGCCUAACAUCAGUCCGACUGGAGAAAGUUUCUAAAUAUUUAGAAGACCUUGGUAAUGUUAUGACUUCCACACCAAAUUCAAAGGCUGUGAAUGGUAAAGCUGAGAGCAGUGACAGUGGAGCAGAAUCGGAAGAGGGUCAUGAAGAAGAGGAGGAAAAAGAAAUACAACAAAGUGAAAAAGACUAUAAGAAUGUAAAGCAGGACUCAGCAGCAACUAAGGAUUUGGAAAGUAUUGUCACUAAUGGCUGUUAUAAGGACAACUUUAUUCCAGAAAUGCAGAAUGGCAUCCAGACUAAAUCUGUCCUGAAUGGCUUAAAUGUGAAGGAAGAAAUAAAGAAAGUGGAGCAAAGCCUAGAACUAACGGGAAAAACUAAUAACAGUGGUCACCAAGGUGCAAAUGAAGACAGUGUUGAAGAGGUCUCAGGAAUUCAGCACUUGACAAGUGAUUCAGACAGUGAAGUUUUUUGUGAUUCUAUGGAACAAUUUGGACAAGAAGAGCCCUUGGAAAUGAUUACAUCAGCCAAAGGACCUUUACAGCAUUCAUCCCAUUUCUUGGAAGUAGAUCACAGUCAUCUAUUGGAAAAUGCUGGUUUUCCUGAGCAUGCUCACCUGCCCUCUGAGAAUUUUAGAGUUGAGGAUAUAACAGAGGCAGCAGUUGAAGGAAAAGGUGAAGUCAAGUGUGGGGGAGAAGAUGGCAAAAGCAGCGAUGGAGGCCCUCACAAAGAGAAGAAAGGCGGAGAAAAGGUGGAUUUCCAUGGAGUCAGAAGAGGGAGAGGGCAUAGGAUGCAGCCUCUGGGUGAUGGUGCUCAAGGUGGACAGAUGGGCAGUGGAGGGGAUGGAGAACGCUGGGGGUCAGACAGAGCACCAAGGGGCAGCCUUAAUGAACAAAUUGCAGUAGUGCUCAUGAGGUUACAAGAAGACAUGCAGAACGUCCUUCAGAGACUGCAUACACUGGAGGCACUGACAGCCUCCCAGGCAAGAUCUGUGAUGCUACAGUCAAAUUUACAACCUGCCUCAUCUGCUAAGAGACCGUCAUGGUGGCCCUUUGAUAUUUCUCCUGGAACUUUAGCCUUUGCUGUUGUAUGGCCCUUCGUUGCCCAGUGGUUGGUGCAUGUAUACUUUCAAAGAAGGCGAAGAAAACUGAACUGAGAACUUAAUUUUUGAUUUCGCUUAAAGACUACUAGGACUGGGACAGCCUGGAGAGAGAAGGAAUUCAGAAUUCACAUGAGAACCUCAGGAUCUGUGAUGGCUAUAUCUUCCUUCAGUUGUAGUAAUUUUUUGCACUACAUGGGAGCUAACUACUUAAGGACUAACAUUACUGAUACUUGAAUGAUCCACUGCUCCUAGAUUACAAGUAAAAUAAAUAAUUAUCCCACCCUUAAACCAUAUGAACAUUAAAUUAUUAAUCUUUUGAAAUGGAUUUCUGGCUGGGUAUGCUGUAGAGAUGACUGAUUUUUUUUUUAUGGCAAUUAAUAAUGAGGGGGAUGUUAGCUUUGUAAAAAAGAAAAAAACCCUGUAUAUAUGGAAUAGAAAAUUGUUAAACUGUCACUUUAACAUUAGGAUGAUUUUGCAAUUGCAGUAACUGAGAUUUCUUUCACGUUAACAUACUGUGCAAUAGAAGCAGUGACUGGGAAGACAGUACAAGUCCUGUGUGUACAUUAUAAGGUGGCUAAAAGGCUGCAUGUAAUGUCGUAACUCUGAAGAGUUCAACUGGUCUGUUUUGCUGCUAGACAGAUGUGGGGUACAUUUCUUUGUACAUCAGCCAUAGGUGGAAUCAAAUAUUUGAAUAAUCCUCCCAUUCAUUGCGCUAUAUGUACCCACUCCCCAAACCACUUUAGCAUCUUGCAUGUUAGACAUGGUAGUAACAUGGGGAUUGUUGAUUAUAAUGUUGAGAGCAGUGUAUGGUGUGUAAAGGAGCCAUAGAGAGAAGCUGUGCUGAAUAAUACUUUUCAUUCAUAUAUCUUUCUUUACUGCUAACCGGUUUCAUUUUAACCGAGACAUGAAGUUUAUGCACAUAGUGCUUUAAAAUACAAGAUGAAAACUAGCUACACCCAAUAUUUGUAAGAUUUUACAAAGUUUAGGCCCAUGUAAGCUAUUAUUUUAUGAAGUAGUUAAUUUAAAGGAUAGAUGAAUUAAUCUAGCUCCAACAUCUUUGUGGCCUUUUCCCAGCCCAAAACCUACGGUGAGAAAACAUCUGUUUCCAUAUUUUCCUUGUAUCCUUCCACUGCAUUCAAAUAUUUUCCAAAAUGUAUGCUAAUUUUGGUGCUGAUUAUUCUUUCCAGUGGUAUUUAUUCAUACAUAGAAAUUUUAUUGAUCAGUAUAAACAUGAAUAUAUUACUCUUGUGAAGUUUGCUUGGUCAAAGUAUACUUUGCAGUUUGAUUUUUUUUAAAAAAUGUAUCUAAGUUACAUAGCCUAGAUCUAUUGAGAAGGUGAGCAGUAUGUUAAGAUAUUUUCUACACAAAGUAAGAAAUCGGACCCAGAUAGUAAAAUGGUUGCUGUGCAUCUGCACUGAAGAGAAGAAAAAUUCCAUUAUGCCAUAACCUACAUUUAAGGUAUGAAUCUUAAAAACUACACUGUUUAUGCUGUCUGAUUCUUUAGUCAGUGAUACAGUACAAAUAAUUCAUGGGAAAUGUCUUUUAGGAUAAGACAUGCUUUCUGCCCUGUAAAGUCUCUUAUUUUAUAGUUUUGAAAAGCACUUUUCAUACAAGUUAUACUGUAUAAAAUAGAUGUAAUUAUAGGAUUUAAUAUUUCUGCCUUGUUUAACAGAACAUGAUUUUAAUCUUGUCUUUAAAUACUUUAAAAAAAAAAAAAAAGAUUUUUCUCCCUCUUCUGAUCUUGAUCUUUGAUGUAAAACUGAGUUACUAAAUAAAGUGAUAUAAGAGAACAUCUCUGAUAGCAUGUCUUCACAAGCAGCUGUUUUGGUGUAAUGUAUAAACAAACCUGGUAUGACUGGACAUGCUGAAAUCUGAAUUAAACCACUCCUACAAUGGAAAUUUUGCUAUGGUUGAGAUUCUAGACCUCUAUGAAGCUAUUCUGCCUGUAUUUUAAAUAGUUUCUUGUUAUAUUAUAGACAGUGAAAGAAUUAAGAUUCCUUGAUCAGUAAUCAGAGUCUGCAUUAAAGGCUAAUUACUCUAUCAUGUUUUUUCAAAAAUGUGAGACUACAACCUGUUACAGCAAAUAGUGGUGCAGACGACCACACCCAUUGUACCCUGCUUGUGUCUCUCUGGCUAUUAGCGCAUGCACAAAGUAACUCAGUUCAUCUUUUUUUAAAAAGGCUUUUAACAAAUGUAGAAACAUUCGUCUCACAGAAUAUCCGCUUUACUACUGCAUCAUUUUGUAUUCAGUACAUAAGUGUCUACCAAGCCUCCCACUAUACUAUUUCAUGGAAAGAAAUAAGUUCCUGUAAGUUUUAAUACAAAGUGAAACCAUUAUUCCACUAAUGCUGCUUCCCUGUGCUCUUGCAGGACUAGCAGCCUAGGUAGAUAUCCCACACUAGACAUGGCUGUAGACCUCAUUGAGGGUCUAACUGACUGGAUUAAAGUAGGAAUCUGAGACUGGACAUCCCCACCUAGCAAGCAGCUAUAAUGAGGAACCACAAGGCACAUCCUAGAUCAUUUUUUUGCCUCUUUCUAACUCCUCUACAGUGUUUACUUUUCCAUAAAGGCCUGUAACAGACUCCUUUCUGCCACUCCACAGGCCAGAGAUAUUGGUUUAUGAGUCAAAUGACAGAAGGGCAUCAUAGCCUUAAUUUUUGAAAGCCUCGCUAAAUGAAUCAGUGGCUGGAGGCAUUGAGUAUGCUACUCCAACUGGUGCUAUCCAAAUCUUAGCUGUUGGCACCCACAAUUGGGUUUGGGGAUAGUGAAGGUUGCUUUCCAUUUAUUUACUUAAAUCUCAUCACAGUAACUACACUGUCACGUAGAGGUGUGAUACUUCCAGCACAGAUUGCCUAGUAGGAACCAAAUCAAGAGAUGGCUCUUUGCCAUGUUCCCAUAGAUACAUAGGAACAAUGGCAGCUUGCAUACUGAUGUCUGGGAAGGAGACCGUUGCACUGGGAAGAGGGCAGCAGAAGAUUAGAAAUACAAGCAAGCAACCCUUGAACUGAAGGAGAAUACCAAACCUAGCUCCUGUGACCAGAUUAGCCUGCUAUCUCAGAAAGGCACAAGAAAGAUCAGAAGACAAAAGACUUAGGAAUCCUAUAAUGAAGGCAGCAGAAGUAGUUCUGCUCUCUUCCCCGUUCACAGCAUAAGAUGAAUGAAUACCUAGGCACUACCAGAUGUAUAGAAUAGGCUCGGGGGGAGGGAGGGAGAGAAGGUGCCACAUGAUUGGCCAAUGGCCCAGUGCCUACACAUGAAGAGGGCAGAAAAAUAUAAACUAGUACUGCACAGGGGCAGAGUAAUUUAUAAAAGCAUUUGAAGAAUGUCUUAUCACUUAGAUAAAACAUUGCAAAUAGAUUCUUCCUCCAUGACAUUACUGACCCUCUCUGUUCUAAGUAGUUAUUUAAAUCUAGUGGAUGGGGGUGGGGAGUGAGAGGUUGGAGGCAGAAGCAAAGCAUGCAGCAACAACCAACCUCUCUCAACUACAUUCACUCUAUAAAAUGUUCAGACUGGUCCUUCACUUGAACCUCAGCACGAUACUUGCUUAUUGGCACCUGCAAAGGGUGCUCCUGCUAAGAACUUUUAAAAGAUUUUUAUUAUACAGGUUUCAAAAAAAGUUUAAGGGAGAAGAAGUGUCAAAAUGAAAUCUAAGGCUGUAGGUAGAAGAGGUGAAAUAGUGUAAAGCUACUAUGAAACAAACUGGUAAGAAAGCGUAGUGCUAGCUGGCUGGUCACACAGUUUCAUAAAGGACAGGUUCCAGUGUUCAAUAGAAAACAGACUAAAAUGUUUUAUUUUACCAAACCGGCUAAAUUUAGUCCAUGAGCACUCAGUUUCGACAAACAUCAGCUGCUUAAAAGAUUCCCCUGAAUUCAUUUGUAAAUGAUGGUAAGUGAGUUCCAGAACUGACUAGUGGCGAAAAGGUUGGCUUCUCCCAGGUAUGGGAGUGAUUCUAAUAGUUGAGGCUGGGGUUUCAAGGUUACUAAAGCCUGGGCUUAAUCAGCAAAAAGGUACAGUCAACAUUCCAAGGCUUCUUAGCCCCAACUGUCUGUGCCAUAAUAGAUGAAAACUUUCUCAGUCUGAUUAAUAGUAACAGUAGUGACUUUGGCUACAGAGCUGAGUGCCUGAAACCCAUGCUCUUAAAAUACAGAGAUUUCAGUGGACUUGACAUUUCUUGAGCUUAAUCCUCAGUCCAGCUGAUGUGAACUAAGAUGACUCUGAGGUCAGCUAGAAGCUUUGGAAUUGUGUAUAGAUUAAGGAACACAUAUGGAGUGCAUGGAAACUAAGGGGCCUCAAAAGAAACUGCUGGCCUAUCAAAUGCACAAUAGACCACAGAGGCAGCAUUCCACAGCUUCCAGGGACCACAAGCUUGUUCUAAUGCACAUGUUAUGAUUGAGAUAACUAGUUACAGGAAGAUUAAAUUUGGCCAAGGCCUCCAAACCUCUUGUUUUAUGCUUCUGUCAUGGGAAAAUGGAAGGUGUUAAAUGGGUAACAACAAAUCUUUGAAACAAUACAUGAUAAAAAGAUAAAGCUAAAACAGUUUUGAAGAAAGCGUUUGCUGGAUCAACUUGCUUAGUCAACAUGUAGUCUUAAUUCCUUAUGUCUGCAUAGUAACAAAAAAAAAA